AUGUCGUUCCGAACCCCAUCUUCUCCACCACGGCUUCUCAAGAUUAUUCUCAACGAUCCUGAUUUUCGUAACGAUCGAAUUGGCCGCCGUCAUCACCUUUUCCUUGAUCGUGUUGAUCAGCAAACGAAGGGCAAGCAAAAUGCCCAGAAUGGAAGGCGUCGUGAGUUGGAGCUUCUCCGCUUAGGAUACGAGGUUGAGGAUACCAAGUUGUCGAGACAGCAGCGCCAAGCGAAGGAGAGAAGCCUUGAGAGGCAUUUGAGGUGGCGAGAGAAGACUGAUCUGGGCAGUGGAGCUAUCACUUGGUACUUGGAGCGGGAUGAGAAUGAGAGGUAUUGGGCAAGCAGGCGGAUCAGAUCGUUUCCAAAGCGCAAGCACUCUGCAGCUCGGACGAAAGAGUUAAAGGGGCGCUACGAAGCCAUCAAGCAGCGGAGAAAAAAGCAGGACCUUUAUCUUACUCCCGGCGAGCUGAAUAUGCUCCAGCGUACGUUUGAGAAGCAAGGAACCAGCGAAAGCAGAGGCACUGCGAAGUUGACGCGGGACGAGAAGGUUGAUAACAUUCUCGCGCGUUUGAGGGCAGCAGAUCCUGCUAAGGCGCCUGCUCCUGCCUUGACUCUUGAAGAGCCGCGUGCACUUCAGGCGGGUCACUGA